UAGAUUUCCUUUUUUGCAUUUUUCGGAAAAAAUAGGUAUUAGUUAAAUUUUAAAUAUUUAUAAACUGUGUAUUUUUUUAAACAAACAUGUAUGUGCCAUGCUUUUCAACACAAGAUUUCACAGAUACGGAGAGUGGGUUAGAUUACAACGACUUCUCUUCCGCUAAAAGCAUAAAGGAAGAGUUACAACGAGGCGCUGAAUUGUCUCAACAAAAAUCAAAAACAUACAAACUGAUGAGCAACAAGCAAUAUGAAUUAAAAUUAAGAUCACCGGGAUGCUCUAAGAAAAGAUCAUUAUUAAAUGGAAAGUCUAGUCACACGGCUCAGUAUAAUAAUACCACUACAAAUCGCAAAAAUUACAGAAAAAUCCGACAAAAGAACACAUCAAUGAACGAACUAAAUAUGUCUACCAAUUUGAUCGAGUUAUGCUGCACAGCAUCGAAGUUUCUAAACGAAACACGAUGCAAGCGAAAAUUACCUCACGCAUUUACGCCUAAGAAAGAUUGCCCAUUAAGAAUAGCAGAAUUAGCAGAGCCUUCAAAAAGACAUUGCUUGGAAACGUGGAAAAAUAAAGGACGAACACUGCCAAAUUUUAUGGUUCACAGAUUGAAGCAACGUGUAAGAGACGAAAUCCCAAUUGUAAAAAUAAAUGACGCAUUUAGCUGCUUUGAAGCUCAUAAAAAGCGGAGGAUCAGGAAGCAAUCAAAACGAAGUACAUGCAGAAAAAAGGUUGAUCAUAAUGACAGUAAGAAAAUAUUGAGCGCUGUAUUUGGAUAUAAAAUAAAAGAAUGGUUAUUGAGACCGCAAGUCACGACUUGCAGAGAUCUAAGCUCAAGCAACAUAACUAAAAUAAUAUAUGAAGAAAUAUCGAAAAUUUUAAAUAAAAACAAUGAACAUAUCAAUAAGAAAAAUAAUAGCAAUAUUCAGUUGCAAAUAGAAACGGCAAAUAAGAUAACUGCUUGGAUCCAAGAAAUAUUAGAUGAGACAAGCAUGAACCAAAUGUUGGAAGAUUUGAAUGAGUUAGAGGAAAAAGAAGGCCAUGUUUGGGAUUUAAUUGACGAAGUUAUUGAAGCAGUAAUGUUGUUGGCUAAAAUAGAAGAUUCAUCAUCUACUACAAUCACAAAAAAUAAUAGUGAAAGUGAAUACGACUCUGCAACAAAUCAGGAUUUUGAACAAGCAGUAAGAGGCGAAAUAAAUGUAAAUCCUAUCAACAUUAUAGAUUUCAAUACUAAUCAUUUUGAGCAAACGCCCGAUAUCAAUGAUCAAGACCAAGUUAUUUAUGAAUCCAAAUCUAUAAUAGGUAGUAUAUUAGCAGACGUCAUAAAAAAUUGUGUGCGUGACGAUCCUAAUACUGCAAAUUCUGGACCAUACAUAAGUGGAUUCAUUGAAGAGUGGCAAGAUACACAAUUCGAUGAUAAAAAAACUGAUAUAUCAAAUAAACUGCCAUAUACGAAUGAAAACGAAACGGAUCAAACCACUAAAGCUGAGAAGAUCAAUGACAAAAGUUAUGCAACAAGAGAUAUUUAUGACGUAGAAACUGAAAAAGAUAUCCCAGUUAAUAGCCAUUGGGACAAAAAUAUAGCGGAAACAUCUGAAACACAUUACACAGACGAAUCUCAACGCUUUACACGAGAAACCGAAUUUCCCAAAAUAAACAUCCGUUCUUCCGAAGACAACUUUUCAGACAAAGUAAUGAAAUUUGAUACACAGUUCGGUGAUGAAAAAACUGAUAUAACAAAUGCACAGUCACCAAAUCAAGUUGUAGGUACGAAUGAAAACGAAACUGAUCAAAACACUACAGCUGAAAAAAUCAAUGACAAAAAUUAUACAACACGAGGUAUUUAUGAAGUAGUAACCGAAAACGAUAUCUCACUACAUGGGCUUUGGGACAAAAAUGCAUCGGAUACAACUGAAGCCCAUAACACAGACGAAACUCAAUCCGUUACACUAGAAACCAAAUAUCCUCAAAUAAGCACUGGUUUAUCAGAAGGUAACUUUACUGACAAAAUGAAAGAAUCUGCAGUUGAAAGUGAAAAUAGGGACGAAACUUGGAAAAGUACCACGAAAACCGAACAAACAGACGAAAUACAAUAUUUUACACCUGAGAACAAUUAUCAAAGUGAAAUUCAGGCUGGUUUAUCAAAAAUAAGAAAUACAGAUGAAUUAAAAACAAUUCCCACUGAAAAUAUAAAUGCUGGCGAAACUAGUACAGGUUCAUUUGAGAACAAAAAUACAACCAAAGAUGAGAAAAAUAUUGCAACAGAAGUAGUUCUUACUAAUUUUGAAAACCAAGAAAUGAACGUAAAUGACAAUAAUGAUGACAAACACGGUGAAGAACAGGCAAUCAUUAUAGACGAAAAUCUUGAAGAAAGUUUAAAAAAAGUAAAAUUUUCUAAUUUAAAUAUUGUAAUCGUAGAUGAUGGCGUUUCACAAAAAGACAGUCAACGAUUUCAUAACGGAUUAAAUAUAGUGACAUCUCAUAGAAGAUUAUCUCCUGAUUUAUCAUUAAACUACCCCAAGGGAAUUAAUUUAUUACAACCAAAUUUGCACCUACUCAGUGACGCUGAUGAACCGUGGAUUGGAAACAUGUCUCCUCCAACAAUUAAAGUUAGUGCUAGUGUUUCCAAGUCUGUUACUUCACUCGGAUUUAUAUCAGAGAUAGAUGAAAUGUCAACAGCUUCUAUAGAUGCUAAAUAUGAGAAAGAAACAUUUAGUACCGAAUUUAUACAUCGAGACAUGGAAUUUAGCGAAGAAUUGCAUCAUGAGUUAAUAACAGAACUCGUGAACUUAGAGAAAGUAAAAAUCAACGAAGAAAACUUUGAGAAUGGAUUCAAUAAAAAUGAACACAAAAGAAAUUCAUCAAUAGUCCAAUUGACAGAAUCACCGGAAACUUACAAACAAGUUGCUAAAAAUUACACUGAAAUGCCAUUAAUAUUUAAAAAAUCUAAUAAUAAUAGAGAAUUUAAAAUUGAAAUAAUGUCCAUAGUCGACAUCAGCCCUGAAAUAAUUAAAAAGAACUACAUAAAAACAAAAACAGAAAUAACACAAACAGAUGAUAUUCAAUAUAUUUCAAAGGUCCCACAGAUAAAAUAUAUACCACAACAUGAAAUACGCAUUUGGUGCAAGGGUUUAGAGAAUGUGAUUUCUUCCUUAGAAGAAUGGUCACAGUGGAUGGAUAAAAGCAGAACAUAUAUUAAUUAUUUGAGAAAAAACGAAGUCGAAAUGUAUGGAAUAAGAAUUAACGAAAAUAAAUAUAAAUUGUGGACAGAGCUGAAAAAAAAUGUUGAUUCGGAUGUUAAAACAUGGCUUAACUUAAAAAAGAGUCUUGAUCGUGGCCUAAACAGCUAUCGAAAUUAUUAUUCCAUCAAAAAUAAAAAGGACAAAUGGCAUUACAAUCAAGUGUGUAAAUGCAACGAAGCUACAGUUAUAACAUAAUUUUUACAAUAUAACCUCUUUAUUAUGUCAAACUUAUCCGAGAUGAAAUUAUAAUCAAUUAAACAUUAAA